CGGAAAACAAGACAUUUAAAAUAACUCAAAAAAAAAGUUCAAGAUGCUUCCUCAACACCUCCUCGUUGCGCUCGUCGCCACCGUCGCCGCCCUCCCCCUUAACAUCAACCUGGGAGCUUAUUCGCCUGCCCUGGUAGUCGGUGAUGGUGAAAUCACACUGGGAUCCACAGAAUCAGCAUCGCAACUCAUGGCCACACUGGCCUCGGGAGCCGCAGCAGGAAACGGUGGCGGCGGCGAGAAGCCCCCGGCCAAGGCUGAAGGAGCUGCGCCUGCUGCGCCCGCAAAGCGCUCCAUUGCCCGCCGCGCCAUCGACCAACUCCUCAAGAGGCGUGUGCCCGUUGAGCCCAAGAUGGAUGCAGUCGAGGCCGCCAUGGAGUGGAUCAAGCGGGAUCUCGCUGGUUUCAACGCUGCGCUCAGCUUCGCCAAGGAGGCCCAGAAGGACCAGCCCAAGGUCGAGCUGGGCACCGAGAACUCUGGCGUCGGUAUCAUUGUCAACCCUGGUCUCAACGUCCCCGCUGGUUCUGCUGCUGCUGGUGCCCCCGCCAAGGGCGGCGAGAAGAACAAGCGCGAUGAAGUGGUUGAAGAGUCGGAUUCGCCCAAGAUGACCCUCGUCGCCAUCACCGAAGUUUAAAGAGCAAUAUACCCUACUUAUCAUCGCAGCGACCACGCACCCAAUCAACCGACCAACCCACUUCACACCCAUCCUCG